AUGGCAGGCUCCUCCAAAAAAGACGACAAAGACGUCCCCUCCUGCUUCACUGACACCCACGGCGUCAUCACAUCAACCAUGAACGACCUGCCAGGUUACAAAGUCACCAAAAUCCUCGGCACAGUCUACGGCAUCACCGUACGAGCGCGCAACUGGGGCGCAGAUAUUGGCGGUGGCCUCCGUACAGCAGUCGGGGGCGAGAUUCGCAUUUUUACAAAUCUCAUGUAUACAUCUCGUGAGGAGGCUAUGGAGCGGUUGGUCGGAGAGUGUAUGAGUCGGGGUGGGAAUGCGAUUAUUGCGCUAAGGUUCGAUAUUGCUACUUUUGGGUCUUGUUCGCAGAUUUGUGCAUAUGGGACUGCUUGUUUGGUUGAGAAGCUUGAGGAGAGGUGA